AGGAAAGUGAGCUGUUCUUCUAAAUCGAAACUAUCUGAACGCAGUCAAAAAGCUUUAAGGAACACGUCAUUUUUUUAGUGUAAAUUGUCGCUGAACAGUACGGGCGGAGAGGGCUGACCGUUGGUGCGGUUACGCAAACUGGGCUGGCCGGUUUUUUCGUGCAACUUUGAACCCAAAAACCCAUUUCACGUCUACGGCGUAAGCCUGUCUCAACCAGAAGCAUGGCCUCGGACACGGAAGUGGAGAAUAUUUUGAACGUGGAGGAAGAUGGGGACGAGACGAAGAGAGUACGGCCACCCUCCAGCUAUGGCUCAAUGAAAAGCGAGUCUGAUGCCUCGGAAGACAUUCAGAUGAAGGAGGAAGAUGGAGAGGAGGUUGCAGUGCUGCCUGGUCAACCUACUCAAACAGAUACUGCGGUACAGAUGAAUCGCCCGAUAUCUCCAGAGACCCUGUACACCACCACCACAGAGCAGACCAAACCACCGGGAGCCAUGGUGAUUGACACAAGGUCCUCUGAUCUGGAAGGGAAUUCAGUGGAUGAUCAGGAGGAUAUUGACGAGGAUGAGGAUUUGAUUUGUCAUUCUCCAGAACCACCCGAACCUGUGGAACUCGAAGAUUACCAGCAAGCCAGUGAGAACAAGCAGCCAGGAAAACUUCACCCAGAACAGGACAUGCCGCAUGUUUUCAAAACUAUCCAGAGUAUUCUCUCGGGCCUAGAUAAAAAGGAGCUAUUAAAUUUUAAAAUUAAGUUUUAUCAGUGGAGCUCUAAAAUAACCCUCAAGGAGGCUUUGGAAGGAGACAUUCUUGACUUUGUGGACAAGAUGAUUGAGCUGCUUGGCCUGGAUAAGGCCCUCUUUCAAACAAUAGAAACCCUUGAAAGUGUUGAGAAGCAUGCAGAGGCCAAAGAACUAUUGAGUCAAUGCCAGAGAGCGGCGGUACGUUUUCAAAUGAUAUCGGUUUUUACCUACGACUACAAAUUUAUCAAUGAAGGGAUCGUUAGAUCCGGAGGGCGGAAACUUCUGGAGGACAUCUACGUCGAGCCCGAGAUUUCUACCUGCAGUUACGGAGGAGUUUACCCCUCCCACGAGAUCCGUCCGCUCCCCCCGACGCCUCUCCAGAUUCCAAGCCCUGACACAUUUGUUGGUGUGAACGAUCUCUUCCGACUACAGAAAGAUGAUGGCACACCUGUGAGGACGGUCGUGACCACUGGCAUUCCAGGGAUUGGAAUGACUGUCUCUGUGUACAAAUUUGCCAUGGACUGGGUUAAAGGUCUAGCCAACAGGGAUCUGCAGUUUGUCAUCACUAUAUCCUUUAAGUCUCUGUGGAUGAUGCGAACCAGGACCGAUUCUACUGAGGACAUGUCCAUUAUGAGCGUGAUCAAUUAUUGCCAGCCAGAGUUAAAAUGCGCAAAGUUCCUGGAGGAAGAGAGUUCCAACUUUCUCCUCAUAAUGGAUUCCUUUGAUCGCUACCAGGCUCCUCUGGAUUGGGAGAAUACUCCGGUAAUAAAUAACAUUCACACCGCAGCACCCAUUGAUGUCUUGACUGUAAACAUUGUCCGAGGGGAUUUGAUUCCCGGCGCCCGCAAAUGGAUCCUGGGGCGACAAGCGGCCGUCUCACAAAUACCAUCUAAAUUCAUAGAUCUCGUUACUGAAAUCCAGGGUUUUAAUAAUGAGAUGAAAGAUGACUACCACACCAGACGUAUACGUGAUGCACAUCUGGCAGAAAAAAUCGUACGACGUUACAAGCUCCUACCGACGCUUCACCAUCUUUGUCGCCAUCCGUUGCUCUGCUGGCUUGUGUCGUAUACGUCCAAGAACAACUUCCGCUAUCUCGACUAUGGGACUCAGCCUCCAAGACUGACGCCCUAUCUCGUUGAUAUGAUGGUCAUUCAGAUGAACCGCAGACUGGAGUUCUACUAUGACCAUCCAACGCAUGACUUUAAAUGGUCCAAUGACGACUGCAAUCUGCUGAGAGGAAUGGGGAAGAUGGCCUUGAAGAUGCUGGAGAAAAAUAAGAGUGUGUUCGUUGAAGAGGAUUUGAAGCCCUUUGGGCUGCCAUUUUGGGAAGUGGUCGUGUCAUCAGGCUGGUGUGCCGAGCUUCACAUUAUGAGCGCAAAUCAACCCAGGACAUUCUCUUUUAUUGACUUCUCCAUACAGGAGUUCCUAGCUGCACUGCAUGUCUUCUUAAUGUUUCACAAAGAUUCCAAAAAUAUUUUGGAUUCUUACUUGGAGCGGAUGCCAAAGUUCUGGACAACCAAAUAUCAAACCAAGUCAGCUGCCGGCCUUGUCCAGUGUGCUUUGGCCCUAACCUUAAGCUCCCCUCUGGGUCAGUACGACAUGUUUCUGCGCUACCUGUGUGGAAUGAUGUCCCCAAGUUGCCAUGCUGUUUCUUUGAGAGGGUACUUCUACAACCACCACUACCCAGAAGUGAAAGGAAUUGAAGAGGUGCAGCAGCUCCUGGAGUUUACCAUACAGAAGGCCCCUGAGAACAGGGUGGAAAACCUUAAGGAGUGCCUCAGAGAGGCGAUCCAGGCUGAUGAAUAAACUGAGUCAGGUGAUUAGAAAGAUUCUCGGCCUGUCUAUCCCAACAUAAAGAUUCUUAUUGAAGAAAAUAAGAUGGACAGAGGGGUGUGGGUUUUUUUAUGUCACCCGAGACUUUUUGGGGAUUCUAUGCUUUCCAGUACAGUCGACUACAUGAAAAUGAACUUUUAAACGAUCCCGUUUUGCAUACCUUGUCUUUUAUCAUUUUCAGUUAGAAAGUUUCACAUUUUUUUGUACUCUGUCCUUUUUUUCUAAAAUCAAGCAGUUUCCAUUGCGCUGUGUGCACUUUUACAUGGGUAGUUUGUAAAAUGAAAACUGGAGACUAUAUGACUCAGAGAAAGUAAUUCAAGAAAUGUGAUGUUAUAUGUGAUGAUAUAUUUCCUUGGAAGAGAUGUAAAUACCAAAAUAAUGUGUUGUAUUUUGUUUGGGUGUUUUAUUCCUAAAAUGAGGUGUAACCAUUAUUAUUAAACUUAGAAAGGAGAAUGUACAAAAAAAAGAAAAGACCAAAAUAUGGUGUGGAACAGUUUUUUAUUGAACCCUAAAGAAGUAUCGGACCAUUAAUCAGCAGCAAUAAAGAGGAGUUGUCUGUGUAGAUGUGUGUUUUUGGUUAAUUGUCUUAGCAUAGUUCCAGUCAUGAUGUCGGCAUAUUCCUCUGUUUUGAUUUGAGUUUGAUGAGCACUGUCACCUCACAGCAAGAGUGUUCCCACUUCAGUUACAUGGAGUUCUUUCUGUGUGGAGUUUGCAUGUU